UGGUAGCAGCAUUUCCGGUUACACAAUUCGGACCUUUGCACUAUCAAAACUUACAAAGAGCAAAGGUACAGGCACUAAAAUGACAUGCAGGUCAUUAUGAUCAUGUCAUGAAGUUACCCACUGAAGCAAUAUCAGAACUACAGUGGUGGGCAAAAAAAGUUUGGCAUAGUUUCAGCCCUAUUAUCGUCAUUUACCCUACGUUAGUUACCCAAACAGAUUCCAGUGCUCAAGGCUGGGGAGUAACUAACGCCAUAUCCAGCACAGGUGGUAGAUGGACUAACCCUGAGUCGUCAUUACUACUUACACUGGGCAUAAAUUAUCUAGAGAUGUUGGGUGCCUUCUAUGGUUUAAAAGCAUAUGCAUCAAAUAUGCAUCACUUGCAUGUUCGGCUACAAAUAGAUAAUACUACGGUGGUGGCCUACAUUAACCAUAUGGGCGGCAUAAAAUCGUUAUCAUGCGACAUGUUGGUUAACACAAUUUGGCAAUGGUGUGUCGAAAGACAUAUUUGGCUAUCAGCAACUUACCUACCAGGUAAGCUAAAUACAGUGGCAGACACCAGGUCACGUAAAUUUAAUGACAACAUCGAAUGGAUGUUAAACCCCAAAAUAUUUGCAAAAAUUGUCAAGCAAUAUGGCACGCCAGAUAUCGAUUUAUUCGCAUCAAGGCUAAAUCACCAGGUACCUAUGUAUGUCGCUUGGGAACCAGACCCUGAGGCAGCAGCGGUAGAUGCGUUUGCGCUGGAUUGGGGAAAUUUCUUCUUCUAUGCAUUUCCUCCCUUCUGCCUCAUUAGUCGGGUACUACGCAAAAUACAAAUGGACUCUGCUUCAGGUAUUUUGAUAGUACCCGACUCGCCUACGCAGCCAUGGCUCGCGAUACUCCAUGACAUGAUUGUUGAAACUCCGAUGAUAUUUCCCAGUGGCCCAGAGUUAUUAAAACACCCAGUGUCAGGCAUAAGCCACCCAUGCCAUGAAAAAAAUCAAACUCCUGGGUUGCAGAUUCUGAUCAGACCAUUUCUGGGACUGGCAUUAUCAGAACAAACCGUCGACACCAUGUCAGCAUCCCUCCGAACAUCCACUAAAAAACAGUACUUGACCAGUAUUAAAAAAUGGGAAAAGUACUGCCUGGAUACAGGGACCACCUACACAACUGCAACAGUCACCAACGUACUGGAAUUCCUGGCCAAACUUCACUACGAAGAAGGACUCAGCUACAGUGCCAUCAACACAGCAAGAAAUGCCCUGUCUGCCUACUUAACACUAGCACCAGGACAACAGGCCAUGGGAUCUCACCCGCUGGUGGUAAAAUUAAUGAAAGGCAUUUACAAUACCAACCCCCCUAGACCAAGGUACACCCAUAUAUGGGAUGUCAGUGUGGUCCUGACUUACCUCCGGGGAUGGCCACCAGCCAGAUCCCUCAGCCUGGAACAAUCGACACUCAAAACGCUCAUGUUAAUGGCACUUGUAUCCGCACAGAGGGUCCAGUCUCUACAUCGAAUACGACUGGACAACAUGAUUACAGCUCCAGACCAGAUCUCGUUUGUGAUCCAGGGACUGAUCAAACAGAGCAGGCCAGGAACACCAAGUCCAGUCGUGAUAUUCCGGGCAUACCCACCAGAACCACGGUUAUGUGUCAUGACCCACCUAAUGUCCUAUAUAGACACAACUAACAAUAUUCGAGGGAGUGAAAACAACUUGUGGGUCAGUCAUAAAAAACCUCAUGGUCGGGUGAUGAGCCAAACCAUUUUGAGAUGGCUCAAGCAGGUACUAAAAGCUGCCGGGAUUGAUACUAACGUAUAAAUCUCACUCCACCAGGGCAGCAUCCACAUCAAUGGCGGAAAGAAUGAACGUGCCGUGGACCACAUCCUGGCUACAGCAGGAUGGUCGAGGGAAACCACGUUCUGAACUUUUUAUCACAAGCUGUUGGCAAAACCUGUGUUAUUUGCAGAAAUUUUUUUACAGUCUGCAAAUAUUUAAUUUAAGCCCGGGGGAGCAAUUAUUUUUGUUGUUAUUGUUAAUAAAUACCGUUUUGUUUUUUAUAAACAGAUUCAUUGGUUGCUUACGAUAACACACUUCCUCCCUCAAGGACUUCGGCAGUGAGUGAAGUAAUAACUGUUACACGGUUUGAAAUCACAGAGCUUUGAAAUCUUCACGUAGUCACUCACGUGACUCCAAAGUAACAUAGUAAGAUUAAACGAGAACUUACCAGUUUGAAGUUUGAUCUGUAUUUUAUGAGGAGUUACGAUGAGGGAUUGCGUGCCCUCUGCUCCCACCCUCAAUAAUAUGGGUCAAAUUGAUAAACUGAUGUCUCCUUGUCUUUACUAUGUUUACUUCAAUAACUGUGUCUAUCUGUGAUUCCACACCGCUGCUUUGAAGUAUGGCGCGCAUGCAUGCUGAGCGGGUUCUUCACGUAAUCCCUCAUAACUCCUCAUAAAAUACAGAUCAAACUUCAAACUGGUUAGUUCUCGUUUAAUCUUACUAUUUUUUUUUACUAUUCCAUGUCAAGAAAUCAGGUGUUCUCAUGCUGGGAUCUACUCUUCAUGUUAAAAUUGUUGGUACCACUUCUAAAAUUAGUAUUAUUGGACCUAAUUCUGAUUCCAUGACAUUAUUCUUCAACCUUGUCUUAGCCUAUCUGGAGCUGAAACCGUCCAGGUUAAGACCAUAGGACAGAGGAGAAGAAUUAGUCCAAUCAACCCAUUGAGUCUACUCUGCCAUUCGAUCAUGGCUGAUCUAUAUUUCCUUCUCAACCCUAUUUCCUGCCUUAUCCAGGAAUACUUGAUGCCCAUAAUCAACUUUAAGGUUUAAUCAUUCCAAUAUUUUUCUAGAUAUUUUCCCUUCCCCUAGCCCCCAUUACUUUAUUCAAACUAAAUCUGUGGAAUUCACUGCCACAGACGGCCACGGACGACAAUUCACUGGAUGUUUUCAAGACGGCCGUGUCUCAGUAGAUUUAACCCUUAGGGCUAAUGGAAUCAAGGGAUAUGUGGUAAAAGCAGGAAUGGGGUACUAAUUUUGGAUGUUCAGCCAUGAUUACAUUGAAUGGCGGUGCUGGCUCAAAGACCUACUCCUGCACCUAUUUUCUAUGUUUCUAUGUUUCUAUAUUACCUUUGGAUUUAAUCCCAUUAUAUCUGCGCUCACUGUUUAAUACUAAGUCUCUGUCUGGCAUUGACGUAAAGAUCCCCAUCCUGACAUUCAAAUCCUGCCAUGGCUUCACACCUCCCUGACUCUGCAAUCUCCUCCAAUUCCAGGGUGCGACAAUACUGCCGCUAGUGAUGCCUCACAGCUCCAGUGAGCUAGACCAAAUCCGAUCGCAGGUGCAGUCUGCGUGGAGUUUGCACGGUCUCUUGGUGACUACAUGGGCUUCCAAUUACCUUCCACAUCUCAAAGGCCUGCAGCCUGUUUGAUUAAUUGACCAGAGUAAAUUGCUGCUGGUGCGUGGGUGACUAGUAGACUCUGACAGGAGUUGAUGGCAGUGUGGGAAGAAUAACGUGGUAUUUCUGUAAACAGUGGUAGAUGCUUGGUGCUGACUCAGUGGGCCUAAGGGGCUGUUUCUGUGCACUGUGAUUCUGACAACAUGACAUUAACUUUUUGAGAUGUCAACAUUUUUUAUGUUUUUUCUACAGCACAGACUUUAAUAGCUCAUCUAUGGCAGCUUUGCCUUAAGUUGCCUGGGCCAUAAACUCUCUCCCAUUACCUGGACCAGUUACCAUUUAUCCAAUAAAUUCAUGUACAAUGUGCUAAUAAAGCUGAGUGCAAUCAUGAAUUACAUCUCAUUAAUCAUUGAUCCAUAUGUGCUAAAAUAUAUAAUUUUGUGAAGGUUGUGAAAUCUGUACCAGUGAGCGGAAGCAGGAAAUUGUGGUUUAAUGACAGUAAAACUAUAAUUUUUCAACCCAUAUUACACUGUGAAAUUGAGAGCAGUUUCCGGAGUGCAUAAAUGUACAGCUCUGUGCAGGAAUUCAAAAGCCACUAUCUGUAAUUCCCCACUCCUUCGAGGGGUGCACUCUGUCCAAUAUAAUCUCAUAUGAUCUAUUAGAAAAUGAUAGAAAUUCUUCACAAGAUAUGGGGGAAACUAAACAAGCCAUAUUGUUGCAUCAGGGAUAGACACAAAAUGCUGGAGUAACUCAGAGGGACAGGCAGCAAGAUAUUGCCAGCCCCGCUGAGUUACUCCUUUUCACCCUAUAAACAUUUUCAUCCUACAAAUAGUUUACAAUGGCCUGUUUCCUUUAUCAUCGUUACUUUUUUCCAUAUCUUUCAUUCAUUGUUCUUUAUCUCUCCACAUCACCGUCCAUAUCUGUCGUUUCCCUUAACCCCAACUUAGAAGAAGGGACUCCACCCGAGACGUCACCCAUUCCUCCUCACCAGAGAUGUUGCCUGUCCCAAUAAGUUACUCCAGCUUUUUGUGUCCGACCAACAUCUGCAGUUCCUUCAUACACAUAGUUGCAUCAGGGUAUUGCUCUGCUCCUCUGAAACUUACUCUACAGACUCAGUGGAAUCAAUUUUUGAAGCAUAUUACAGCACAAUGACACAACUAUAUUUUGAUCAUGUAAUUACCAAAUGCGGAAGAAUUUCUAGGUAAAGGCAUUUAUAAAAUAUUCCUUCUAUGUCCUCAAAAUAUAUUGUCAUUCUGUACGAGGUGCGAAUUGAAAUGCUGUGCUAAUCUAUAAUUAUUGCUAAUAAACUCUUAAGUCUUGAAUAAUGUACAAAAUGUAGCAGAUAUUAAAACAAUAAAACAAUUUCUUGAAAGGGCUUAAGAGUGGCAUUUCACUUUCUAUCUCAAAGUUAAGUGCAUCUAUUAAUCUUUAUU